AUGGCAGGUAUCGGGGGUAAGGACUUGACCAGAUCUUUCUGGAGGGCGCGAUCCCACCCCAACGCGAAGGUCGUGGUGAGCGGCCCCAACCUCCAGGAGCUAACCCGCAGGCCGCCGCCUCGAGCCCCACGAGGCCAACCAGGGUCCGAAAGUCUGUUCCGCGCCCCAGCGGCGGGGCCAAGCCCAGGGCUCUCUUGGUGCGGCCUGGACCUUCCAUCUCCGUGGACAGAGCAGCUUCUGCCGGAGGGACACAGGCUGCUCAGCCAGAGGGCGCUACGGCCUGGGCUGGGGUCUGACGGCACCGUCAGCCUCCGGGAGGCCGGCGAGCCGAGCCGGGCACGGCAGCCCCUCCCCGGGGCCGCGCACCUGCCGGCCAUGGCCAAGCCCUGCCACCCCUACCCGCAGCUGCCCCAGCAGCGCCCCGCGGGCCUCGGUGCAGGGGCGUGGGGACCCGGAGCGGCCCCGAGUCCCGCCCCGCACAGGGGCCCCGGCACCUCUUCCGGCUCGGGGACCAUCCUGCUGAGUUCGGAUGCGCCGGAGGGGCUCAGCUCAAAGGCGCACAGAGCGUGGGAAAGCGACGGCCGGGGACCUGGAGGGGGGACAGAAGGGCCACACCUGCCAGACAGAGCAGCCCAGGCAGCAAGUCCCCCAGGUCAGCGAGCCCGCCCCUGCUGCCCCCGCGGCUCAGGGGCUGGACGGCCUCCCAUCACCCGGCACCGGCACCGGCCGGGCCCGCCCUCCCUCCAGCCUCCCCUGCAGCCUCUCCCGCAGCCCGUGCCCCCGCGCGCGCCCCACGGGGCCUCCGAGAGACUUGAGCAACGCGCCCUCUCACCGGCCUCCAGCCGCGUCGGGGCUCCUGCAACGCCCCGUGACGGGCCAGACGGGAGGCGCAGGACCGCGCGAAGCCCCACCUCAGCCCCGAGCCUGCGGGCCUCCUCGCCCCCAGCCCCACGGGGCAGCUCCCUUUCCGAAAGAGCCCCACGCGCGCCGUCACGACGGCUGCGACUCCCAGCGCCCAGAAGGCGCCCUGGGAGGGCAGAGACCCAGCUGCUUCGGAAAGAUGGCUACUCGGUGAAAAUUCACCCUUUUCCCCGCGAGCUCAGGAAGGACUUGAAGUUUCUACCUCCCCCUUCCCAACUGCGAUUUUUCUGGCUACGGCGUGGACUUCUCAGCUUGGAGGUUUUUACUAUGAUCUUCAAGUGGUCCGUUAUUCUAUCUUCUUCAGGAUCUGUUGAUUCUGUUGUGAUGUCACCUUGCUACCUGAAAACUGGGUUUGCCUCUUGGUGGGUGUCGAGCCAACGAACACAACCAAGCCAAGAUCAGGAGAAGGAAGGAUUUACUAUUACUUGCAGCAAAGAGAAGGUCACAGUUUGACAACCUCCAGACCCACAGAAGCUCAUCAGGAGACCACCUGAGGCCAGAUUAAAGGAGUGUAGGCCCAACACACACCCUGAUCCUCCUCAGCAACCCCACCCUUGAACCACUGCUGUAAAACUCACCAAAUCCGCCCCCAACCGCGCCCCGGGUUGGGACACACAGUUUUGAGGGCACGAGCCUGCCGUGUCCCCCUCUGCCUGGCAAAGCAAUAAAGUUGUUCUUUUCUGCU